AUGGAUGGAUAUAAAUUUCUGCUUUUAGAUAAACCAGACAGUGUGGAUCAUUCAGACCAUAGAACACCUAGUUUCGAUGACAAUGUUAAUGGCAACAAUGAAAGAAAAGCUAUAACAAAUAAGUUAAUAAGUGGGAAUGGUGUGAACAGGGACUGUAACGGCGAUGGCGACGGUGUUACCUACGUUAGAAGGCUGCAUAUUGGCACAAACAGCGUGAAUACCAGGGAGCUGAUCACUCAGACUUUGUUUCUGUAUAAAAAGAAUAACAAAUAUGUUACGGAAGGCCUGAGGCUAGACUUGGAGGGGAUUAUAGCGAUAAUAAUUAAAUGUGAUCCGGUGGGGGGCCACCUCUCGGACGACACAAUUUUCUACGUCGAGGAGGGCAUAAAGCCCAUCAACAAGAUACAGCUGCUUUGGGACAUUAAGAAUUACACGAGACUGAAGCAAUAUGUGCAUCUUAUACUGAGUAACACUAAUGGUCCCAUUGCAACGUCAAACGACGCUGUAAACAAUGGGAAAGCCAAGGGCGACUCUAAACCAUCGCAGAUUGACUCCCAGAAACCGGUGAACGCUGGCAGCCCUGUGGUUUGUAACACAGACUAUUGUUUGGAUAGAAUUAUAGACCAUCUUCAGACAGGCCACCUGUACUACGGACCCUUUAAAAUACGGGGAAUUAAGUCAAAAAGUAAGCCGAACUCGUCGCUAAAGCUACAUCUCCUAAACAGUAGCUGCGAUGCAGAAGUUGACAGCACCUUCAGUGCCAGUUCGCACCACUACCACCCCAUCCAAAGUAACCGAAAUGGGGUCAUUGUAGGGGAAGAUUAUGCUUAUGGGAACGACAGCGAUGUCGACUCGCAAGGCUACAGCAUCCUCAUCAGCCUGCUGUUCUCGAACCUGUUUCACAAGUACCUAAUUCACCUCCUGGAGGUGCCGCGAUUCUACUUCUACGGAAACUGCCAAGUUAUAGGGGACUUAAAGUUCUUCACGAGCUCAAUAGAGCCGAACAACAAGCCAGGGUACAUCGAUGAGAACACAGCAGCCUUUAACGCUUUGCAGGAAAUAUACUUAGGAUUCGACCCCUAUGACUCGUACGAUAAGAUCACAGUGUCGCCGUUAAAGGACACGCUGCCAGUGAACUACAGAUAUAACUUGUUGGAAGAAUGCGUUAGGCCGUAUUUCAGGCUAAACUCGUUUAAGCUCCACAGGCUGGGAGACUCGUUCUACUUCUCAGGCAUCCAGUUUAGAAUCACGAACGUCUCCCAGAACAUGUUUAGCACUUGGGAAAACGAUGUGGAUGGCGAUUACGGCUCAUUCAUGGGAUGGAUGAGGUCGAUUUCAUGCCCCAAAUAUGGAAGGGUGGACGAGAAGACGAGAAUAGAAAUAGGAGAGCCGGUGAACACGAAGUUGAUGGACAUACUGUCUCCGGAAAGGGUUGAGAUUGUGAGGAGGAGUGCGCCCUGUUACCGGGAGAACCUGCUGCUUUGCUUCGUGUCGGACCUGGACCUGAACUCGCUGGACAGAAUAUACCCGAACGACUCUGCGGCAAGCAGUCUGAACACAAGCCUCAACACCAGUCUGAACAACAGUCUGGCGACGAGCCUGAAUAACACGAGCUACUGCGGAAGCCUGCUCAACAGCGUCAGUGGCACCAACGGCGGUGGCACUGUGUGUCGCACCGCAGAGAGUGCGCACCAGAGGCACAGCAUCCACAGCAACAAUGGCGAUAGCACUCCGGCCAAUGGGCCAGUGGUUUACAGGAACGUCGAUUUUAGCAAGGGUGAUCACGGUGGCAGCGGUGCCGUUCUGACCCCGAAUUCAAUCACAAGAAGGGAGUUCUGCACAGUUUGCUGCGAAACCAUUUCCCCGGAAAACAAUCUCAACGCGAAGAGACUUAGCUGCGGGCACGUUUUCCACAAGAAGUGCGUGCUGAGCUGGCUGAAGUCGAACAAGUCGUGCCCUAACUGCAGGCGGGUACUGCCCGGCAACGCGACGCCCCGCAAUUUCCAGGACCUUACGGGCGCGCACGGUGAUCCUCGUGGCCUUGGCGAAGGCAGAUUUGAGGGACUUUUAGACGGCAACCCCAGGGACGAAGCCUGGACUGGCGGCUCCUUUAACAUCAGAGGUAUUCGCACAGUUAGACGUAGCGCCCUCGGAGGCAACUAUGGUUACGGUAACAGUAGUCCUCCCGCCAGCUCUACCUGCAGUGGCAGCGUCUUUGGCAACCUUUUCCCCGUUAUUAGCGUUAACAGUGGCAGAUGUGUUAGCGAUGGUGACUCUGCCCACGUCAAUAGAAACUCAGUUGAUAGCACUAUGUUUCAAGGCGCGCACGCCAAAAUUCUGUCGAUCUGGUCCGAGAGCAACAGCGACAACGCUCCGACUGCUGCGGAAAAUACUCACACGGAUGCCACUGUGGACUGCCGCGACCCCUUUCGCAGCGGCUUCACUUCCGCCUCCAACAGCGGCGACUUCAGCGGGUACCUGGUGGGAAAUCUGCCUGCCUACAGCACUCGGGAAAGUGUCGACGACAUAUUUAAGCAGUACGAGGACUUUGAAAACUUCAGCGCCAACAGGUUCAACGGCUCCUCCAGGAAGUCGUCCACCGAGGACACCUACUGCCGCGACUGGGAAGCCGAAUACGCCAACGUCGCCGCUCAUGUCAACGGCGUUGCCAGUAAAAGCCGCAACGGCUGCGCCAAGGAGACCGACGCCCUGGUCAACUGGCGCAUCAUGGUCAACCGAUCUCUGAUAAAUACCCACAGCGUCAGCACUGCCUUCUUCGCCGAUGCUACCUCUGGGCCCAGUUUGGACAUAACUGACUUAAACUCCAGCGACGACUCAAACCCUGAGUCGGAUUUGGAGGAGUACUUUAACACUCUGACGAGUUAA